UGUAGCUUAGUUUUGUUUUUAAUUACUUGUUAAUAUUUGACCGAUUUGUACAAACUCGCAUGGGUUGAUCGAAGCAAUUUUAUAAACAAACAAAAUGGCGUCAAAUGUGUUAAAUUUCCAUCACAUAAAUAAUGCUUCAAACAAUAAAAAUACAAACUUGACUUUCACUGGAGUGGAUCCAGCUAAUAUAAAAAAACCUCCUUUAAUUAUUCCAUCUGAGUUAAGUAGACCUACAAAUAUACAAAGAAUAACCCAAAAAAAAGCUCAAGUUAAAGCCUACCCAAAGAAUAUAAAACUAGAGAAGUUGGCUGUUUACUCAUCUUGCAAAGCAGCUGUUGAUGCAUGUUCAUGCAGCGGUUGGAAAAAUCCAAAUCCUACUAAAUCUAUUGAGCAGCAGCAGCAACAGCAUGGCCUUUGGACCACAGAAUGCCGAACAUGCAAACAUUUAUUGUCUGACCAUGUUUCUCAUUUGCAAGAAGAAACUGAAGAGCAAAUGAACUUUUUAAUGUCCAUGGUUGUUGAUAUUGAAAAUUUAUUUAUGUGUGUUCACAAAGAAACUGACAGUGAUAAUAAACAGGUGUACUUUUAUUUAUUUAAAUUAUUGCGCAAGUCUAUUCAUCAAAUAACAAAACCAACAGUUGAAGGUCCGCUUGGUAAACCACCGUUUGAAAAUCCUAACAUUGAAAUGGCAGUUAAAAGCUUUGUAGCAUACAAGUUUACAAAUGAAAAUCCUGUUGAAUGCCAGAUAAUGAAUGAACUUGCACGCAUUUUUGUGCGGUGUUUAAACCAUUGGAAGUUAGAGACACCUACAGCUCGAAAGCAGAGGCUAGAAACAGUUUCUCUUCUAAAUAAUAAAGUUAACAUAUUAGAUAAUGAACUUUUUGAAAGUAAUACCAAUGCUGAUAUUUCAUCAUAUAAAGUUGAUUAUACAAGGUGGCUGUGCUUUAGUCAUGUUCCACUUUUUUGUGAUAGUUUACAAAAGUAUGAUGUGACAUCAAUUUUUGGAAAGAAAUUUUUAAGGUCUGUGUUUUGUCUAAUGAAGCAGCAGCUUCUUGACAAGUUUUCAGCAGAAAAAGAGAAACUCCCUGCAGACACUAGAAUUAAAGUUUUGGAGCAUUUUCCAAGGUUUCUUAGUCUUUUCGAGGAAGAAAUAAAGUCUGAGUUUUCACCAAUAUGGAAUGAUGACUGCAGUAGAAUUAACCCAAUAAUAAAUCCGAUAGAAACAAAUACCUCAUCAUCACAGUUAUUUAAUGAUUUAACACAAACUUCUAUUCAAAUAAAUGAAAAUACAGAAUGCAAACAAAAUUUACUAAUAUCUUCAGUCGAGCCAUCAAGCACAAAAGCUGUCACCAACCCAAUAAAAGUUGAACCUGUUACUAGUCCAUCAAAAGUUACAUCUAAUAUUAGUUUAAUAAAAUCUGAAAAAAGCUCAGAGUCCAUUGCUCCAAAAGAAACUUUGACUGAAAACAAACCAGAUGCUAAAUCUUCAGUAACUACAUUACCUACAGAAACAAUAGCAUCUUUAGCAAAGGCUCCAACUACAAUAACCUCAAUAACAACAGCAAGUUCAAAGUCAAUAACACCACUAAAUUUACCUGAAGUAUCUUCUUCAGAAAUUUUAAAAAGAAAGUCAAACAUUGUAGAAACUCCUGUAACAAAGAAGAUGAAGUUGCUUAGCCCAAUAGGAGAUGUACCAAUGGAAAUCUUGGCUAGAGUAAUUGAAACUAUUACUGAUCCCUCCAAAAUGGUUGGGCCUCAGGGAGGAUUUUAUCCAUCACAGACUGCUCGUGAUGAGGCAGCACGCAGUGAAGAGCGUCGUGGUCUUAUUGAGUUUCAUGUUAUUGGAAAUUCAUUAACCAAGAAACCAUCUCGCCAAACAACAAUUUGGUUAAUUGGUUUACAGAAUGUAUUUUCAUAUCAAUUGCCAAGAAUGCCUAAAGAAUACAUAACCCGCCUUGUUUUUGAUCCCAAGCAUCGAACAUUGGCCUUAAUAAAAGAUGGUCGUCCAAUCGGUGGUGUUUGUUUCCGAAUGUUUCCCACACAAAAUUUCACUGAGAUUGUUUUUUGUGCUGUAUCAUCAAAUGAACAAGUCAAGGGUUAUGGAACUCACAUGAUGAACCAUCUUAAAGAUUAUCACACACAAAAUGGUAUACUUAACUUUCUAACUUAUGCUGAUGAAUAUGCAAUUGGCUAUUUUAAAAAACAGGGAUUUUCUAAAGAUAUUAAGUUGGCAAAAUGUGAAUAUACUGGAUAUAUCAAAGAGUAUGAAGGUGCAACACUCAUGCAUUGUUCCUUAAAUCCAAAAAUACCUUACAGAGAGUUUUCUUUAGUUAUUAAAAAGCAAAAAGAGAUUGUUCGUCAAUUGAUUAAAGAAAAACAGGAGGAAAUAAAAAAAGUAUAUCCUGGAUUGACAUGUUUUAAAAAUGGAGUAUCUGAAAUACCCAUAUCAAGUAUACCUGGAAUAGAAGAGACUGGGUGGAAGCAAAUUCAAAAGAAUGGCAAAGAUAUCUUAUUGAAUGCAACUGCUCAUCAUGGCGCUUUACUUAACGUACUAAAUGCAGUCAAGAAUCAUGCAAGCGCUUGGCCUUUCCUCAAACCUGUUCCUCGAAACGAAGUCCCGGACUACUAUGAUAUUAUUAAAUAUCCAAUGGAUUUGCAGACUAUGGAAGAAAGAUUAGAAAAGAAGUAUUACACCCUUAAAAAACUAUUUGUUGCAGAUAUGUCUCGUAUAUUUUCUAAUUGUAGAACAUAUAACGGUCCUGAUACGGAAUAUUAUAAGUGCGCAGGCGUAGUAGAACGAUAUUUUUUAACAAAGCUAAAAGAGUACUACGACGAUUCUACGACAAUAGAAAUAAAAGUAGAAGAAGAUGUGUCCUGACAUUCUUUUAAUGAAGCAUCAACGAUCUUCUUGUUACUUUUUCCUUUAGUAUAGUGUCACUUCUAUAUUGUCUGAUUAUCUAUUAUGGCUAUGUAUUUGCUAUUGUAUAAAUAAUGAUUAUUUAUGCAAAUUAAUUGUAUAAAAUUCUGUUACACAAACCUACUGUAUAAAUAAUGUAUAAAAUUUAUUAUAUAAAUUAAUGUACACAUACGCAACAAAAGCUUGUUAUGCUCUAGUUAUUUUAUUUGGCAAAUAAUUAUCCUUAGCAACAGUAAUAGUUAUCC